AUGAAAAAAGCAAAACUUUAUAUUCUCCUUGCAUUAAUCCUCUGUUCAACAAUAGUUACAAUUGCAUUAACAGCAUCAGUAUUGGGUAUUGUGGUUCGAAGAACAUAUAAAUCGGAGACAAAUGUCCAAUGUGAUCAAGGCAUGUUAGUAUGUUCCAUAUCUUCAGAUGAUUUAAUGAAACAUUUGCAACAAUUACAAAAUAUUGCCGAUGAAUGCAAUGGAACACGUGCUAUUCAUACUAAAGGAUUCAAUCGAACCUUCGAUUAUAUAUACAGUUAUUUAAAAACAAAUACAAACCUACAAGUGCAAACGGAAUUUUUUCCUUACAUGAAAUUCAGUUUGAAUGGUGACCCUGUUCUAUCAGCAACGAUCAAUGGUCUAGAAAUGAAUUAUACAUAUGGCUCAGGCAAUGAUUUCAUCAGUUUAAGAAAUUCUGGAUCGUCCAGUCUUGCGACGACGUUUCAGUUAAUAUCAAUGCCUGCUUUCGGUUGUGAGGAUUCGGAUUGGUUGAAUACUACAUCAUCACCGAGUGGUAAAGUUGUGCUUAUCAAACGUGGUGUUUGCACAUUUACUGAGAAAUCGAUUCUGGCUGCGAAAUACGGCGUUGCUGGUCUUCUGAUUUACAAUGAUGGUACAUCAUUAGAUCGAUAUUCACCAGCAUCAGGAAGAGUUGAUGAGAAUGUAACAUUUCCUGCAUUAUCUCUGUCUUACCAAGUCGGUACGAAAUUAUUAAAUACUAUUGAAAACUUGAAAACGAAUGUUUUCAUCAAAAUUCAUCUUUCAACAAGCAAAUAUCCAGAGCCAGUUGGUAAUAUCUGUGCUCACACAGUGACAGGCAAUGCAACAGAAACGAUCGUCAUCGGAAGCCAUACUGACAGCGUUCCCGAUGGUCCCGGAAUGAACGAUGAUGCUAGUGGGACUGCAACAAAUCUUGUCUUGGCAACAAAUUUGGCGCGUCUAUUUCAAAGUGGAUCUUAUCCACCUUAUAAGUAUCGUGUCAAAUUCUGUUGGUGGGGUGCAGAAGAAGUCGGUCUUGUCGGUUCUGAAUAUCAUGUUUCUCAAGCAACUAUCAGCACGAUUCCUGGCGAACGUAUUUCGGAUUAUCUUGUUAAUCUUAAUUAUGAUAUGUUGGCAUCACCUAACUUUCAAAUGGGUAUUUAUGAUGGAAAUUCAGUGAACUUCAGUACAACUCCACCAUCAGCACUUCCCGGUAGUAUUCGAUUGACACAAUUGUUUCGUGAUUGGUUCAUCAGUCAGAAUCUUCCAUAUACGAUCAGCGAAUUGGGUGGUGGAAGCGAUUAUGCAUCGUUUUUAGCUGUUGGUAUUGCGAUAUCAGGUUUAAACUCAGGUAUCAGCGAUAGAAAACCAAAAGCAGAAAGGGAUUAUUACAACCGACUGUUAGGUCAAGGAAAAGGCGGCGUAGCAAAUGCUGAAUAUGAUCCUUGUUACCACAGUGAUUGUGAUUCCCUAGGAAAUAUCAAUCCUUUAGGUCAUGAAAAGUUAUCCAAGGCAGCUGCUUACGUACUUGAAUAUAUGGGUAGACAUGCAGAUUUACGUUCAUAUUUAUAUCCUCCAGAAGAAAUUCGUCGAUUGGAAAAAGUAUCAUCCUAUCGGUCAAGAGGAUACUAUGAUGUUCAGAAUGAAUUUUAUAGAAGAAAUGAUUUGUGA